AUGUGUGGCAAAGUCAUCUUUAAUUCAGAUGCAGGCAAUACUACUUUCCAGACAAAGAUGCUGCGUGGGUCGAGGAGAAAAUGUAAAAAAGCAGCAAAACUCGAAGAGAACAGGCUGAUGGAGAACGGGGUGACUGAUGAAAAUCAAAGGCGUCCCAUGGUGCAAGGACAAAAGCAGAGUACAGCUGACUCUGGGGUUCCUCCUGAUCCUGCACCUCCUCCUCCCCCUCCUGCUCCACGGAUUAAGCCCAGACUGAUAUUUCACACACAGCUGGCUCAUGGCAGUCCGACUGGCAGGAUUGAAGGCUUCACCAAUGUUAAGGAACUGUACACUAAAAUCGCAGAGGUCUUUGAGAUCUCACCAGCCGAGGUGGGUAUAGCUGAGAGAAUUCUCUUCUGCACAUUAAAUACUCACAAAGUCGACAUGCAGAAAUUAUUAGGAGGCCAGAUUGGACUGGAGGACUUUAUCUUCGCCCAUGUAAAAGGACAAAUGAAGGAAGUGGAGGUGACAAAGUCGGAAGAUGCUCUUGGUCUGACCAUCACUGACAAUGGAACAGGUUAUGCUUUCAUUAAGAGGAUAAAAGAAGGCAGCACAAUCGAUAGAAUCAAGACAGUCUGUGUUGGAGAUCACAUAGAGGGAAUAAACAAUCAAACGAUAGUAGGUUGUCGACACUAUGAAGUUGCCAAGAUGUUGAAAGAUUUGCCCAAAGGUCAACCAUUUACGCUUGGAUUAGUGGAACCGAGAAAGGCUUUCGACAUGAUUGCUCGAAGAACAAAAUGUGGCAAAUCCACAGGUGAGGGAAAAGUUGGAAGUGGAAGGGAAACUUUGCGUUUAAGAUCAAAAGGCGCUGCAACAGUGGAAGAAGUUCCAACAGAGUUUGAAGAACGAGCAACUAAAAAGGUGGAUGAUUUGUUGGAAAACUACAUGGGUAUCAGAGAUACAGAAUUAGCUGCAACAAUGGUGGAAACUGGAAAAGACAAGAAGAAUCCAGAUGAGUUUGCAGAAGCACUGGACUCAAUCCUUGGUGAUUUUGCGUUUCCAGAUGAAUUUGUUUUUGAUGUUUGGGGAGCAAUAGGAGAUGCCAAGAAUGGCCGAAUAUAGCAUAAGUACUUCUUUAUGUGUGAAAUACAUCCAACUAUGCUAUAGUUUAAAAUCUUGACUUCUCAUUAUUUUUCAGAAGUAGGUGCGUUUAAUAAAACUAGCAUGAUGCAAGCGACUACCUAUACCAUUAUUACUAUCCUUACAUAGCAAUUGAAUGUAAGUGUG